AUGAUGGAAAGAAUAAGAAAAGAGAUGAUUCUGAUGGAGAGAGGGCUCCAUAGUCCUACUGCUACCAAGAGGUUCUCCAAUUUGUCCGAUUCGGCUGGCAGUGCUGUGCUGGAGGCCUUGGAAAAUUCGCAGCACCCGGCUCGCCUCAGUCCGCGCCUGCCGUCCGCUCCCCUGCACGGCGCUCUGGGAGACCUCCCCGCCAAGGGCAAAUUCGAAAUAGACACUUUGUUCAACCUGCAGCACCCGAGCAGCGAAAGCACCGUCUCCUCCGAAAUCGCCUCCGCCACCGAGAGCCGCAAGAAGCCAGGUCAUUACUCAGAGGCGGCCGCCGAGGCCGACAUGAGCAGCGACGUGGAGGUGGGGUGCUCGGCACUACGCUCCCCCGGCGGCCUGGGCGCCGCGCCGCUCAAGGAAAACAAUGCCAAAGGGUACGCGGAGAGCGGCUCAGUCGCGGGUACCACGACGUCGGCCUCCAGCUCGGGCCUCGGCAGUCUGCAUGGAGGUGGCAGCGGCAACAGCGGGGGUGCGGCGUUGGGUGGCUCCGGUUCCGGCUCUGGCGCCGAUCAGGUGCGGCGAUACCGUACGGCGUUCACCCGUGAACAGAUCGCGCGCCUGGAGAAGGAGUUCUACCGGGAGAACUACGUGUCUCGGCCUCGCCGAUGCGAGCUGGCCGCUGCUCUCAACCUGCCCGAAACCACUAUCAAGGUGUGGUUCCAGAACCGGCGCAUGAAGGACAAACGGCAGCGCCUGGCCAUGUCUUGGCCGCAUCCAGCGGACCCCAGCUUUUACACCUACAUGAUGACGCACGCGGCGGCCACCGGAAGCCUACCCUACCCUUUCCAUUCGCACGUGCCGCUGCACUACUACCCGCACGUGGGCGUCACCGCGGCUGCAGCGGCGGCCGCAGCCUCCGGAGCUGCAGCGGCGGCGUCGUCGCCCUUUGCCACUUCCAUCCGUCCUCUGGACACCUUUCGUGCGCUCUCGCAUCCCUACUCGCGGCCCGAGCUGCUUUGCAGCUUCCGCCACCCCGGGCUCUACCAGGCUCCCGCCGCCGCCGCCGGGCUCAACAGCGCGGCGUCGGCAGCUGCUGCAGCGGCGGCUGCUGCUGCAGCGGCCUCCUCGGCGGCGGCGGCCGGGGCGCCCCCCAGCGGCAGCUCGGCGCCCUGCUCGUGCCUCAGUUGUCACAGCAGCCAGUCCGCAGCCGCCGCCGCCGCAGCCGCAGCCGCAGCGCUGGGCUCCCGGGGCGCCGGUGGCGGCGGUGGUGGUGGUGGCGGCGGGGGAGCCGGGACGGCGGGCGCCUCGGACUUUGGCUGCAGCGCCGCCGCGCCGCGCUCCGAGAGCGGCUUCUUGCCCUACUCGGCCGCGGUGCUUAGCAAGACCGCCGUCAGCCCGCCCGACCAGAGGGACGAGGCGCCGCUCACCAGAUAA